ACUUGAUCCAACCCCUUGCAAAUUCUUUUGUUUCUAAAUGAAAGGUCUAAUAAAGUUACAGAAAGAAUUUGCAACAAUUUGGCUCACAAUCUGUUAGGAAAGCUGGCUAUAAUAAGGCGGAGACUGGCUACGUUUAACAGAAACAUACUGUUUUGUCUUGUGAUGAAUUUUAAUCAAAGUGGCAUAAAGGUGCUCCUCUGUCAAGAUCUCAUUAUAAUGGUUGGGAAAAUUAGGCCAGCAUAAAUAGGAUGUCUUGCCACCAGGAUGGGAAGGAAAACAAAGGGAAAAAUCCAGAGAGUUCGCAGAUUCAAAGUGAAGAAACUGAAGCUAGAACUGACCCCUGAAUCUGAAUCUUGAUCAAAUUAUCAAUCUCCAAAAUUUAGAUCAAUCUGCACUCUGCAGCAUCUCUAGGCGGUUUGCUUCUCUGAUAUGGGCGCCUUUUAUCAUGAAGAGCAACCCCGUCAUCCCAAGAGAUGCAAGUUUCUUGCUACUGCGCUCAAGGAUGCGCUUUCUAAUUGGCAUGGUUUCCAUGGACGGCAGCUUUCGAUUUCAGGCCCGGAGGAGUCCCCAGUUAGCGAAAUUGAUGAUGAAGAGGAAGUAGUCACCAUUCCGAAGUUCAUUUCCCAGUCCUUUUCCUUUUGGGUUCUGUUAAUGCUUUUUUGGUUCUCUCUACAGGUGGUGGUUUCAGAAAUUCGGAGCAAAGCAAUGGAGAAGAUGAAGCGCAGGUCCAGCAUCAAAGCAGAUAGCUUUUCUUCCUGGGUGUUUUCUCCUUCCACAGGAGAGAUAUAUUUAACAUCAAAGCAAAGGGAAGAACAACAGGAUGGUGAAGAUGAUGUAGGGGAAGAGUACUUCUCUGCAGGCAGCUGUCUCUCCCGAUGUUCAAGUGCUGUGAGUAAGGAAGCUUUUCGCUCUGCGAAGACAAACUUUUCUCGAUCUUCCAGCUUGAGCAGGCUUGAUUCUGUGAAUUCCUGGAAGUUCGACCCUGAGGACUCCCGGAGACGGGCAAUAAUUCAGGAAUUUUGCCAGUGUGAAGGAUGGCCAUUUGGUCUCUGCCGGAAGUUGAUGUUGCUCCCUCCCCUGCCUAAAUCGCCUUCUGAUCCCUGGUUCUGGCGUAAAGGCUGUAGAAUAACUAAGACACCUUAUGUUUAGAAGUUCUGCCAUGCAUGGUUUUUGCAGCUGAUUGGCAAUAUUAGUAAGCUAUCCUGCUCUUUAUUUUCUUCACUUUUAAGUUUUCAAGCAAGGGAAAGAAAAACAAUGUAUGGCUUGACAACGACAGACUACCGACUUUUUCUAACAUUUUUCACAAUAAUGGAAACAAAAGAACAUUUGUUUUGAUGAUUUCUAACAAUAAAACUGGAAUCAGCAU